UGGUAAUGGGGGUCAUUGGAGAGGUGGGUGCUGUGGGGAAAGGACAGGUUUGGAGGGGUCCAGGGGGAAUAUUUUCCCAGUGUGGGGAUAGAGAAGGUAGGUUUGGGGGGACCAGGGAUUUAGCAAAAGGAGUGCGGGUAGUGGGGAUUAUUACGGAGCAGAAGUGAGGUUGGGUAUGGCAGCCUGUGGAGUUUGUGUGGGCUUGGAAGAACCUUAGUAGCUUUCUUUGCUGUCUCUUGGGACAGGUUACUCGGUGUAAUGAUGGCAGCUCAGGACUCACACCUGCCUGAGCCCUUCACUAAAAUAAAAGGUGCUGAAAGAAUCUGGGACAGAGCAAGAGAAGAUGAUGGCGGGGACAGGCUACCUUGGGUGAAGGAAAGAAACAGCAUCUGUGACCCAGAUGUUGAAGUCCUGAAUGGAGCCCCUCCAGCCAAAGCCCUAGAAGGAGGAAGAAACUUGGAAUUGUCCCCCUCUCUAAUACAGAGUGAAAAGCAUUUGAUAAUGCUGCAAACUGUGCGUUUGAAGGAAGGGGAAGAAGAUCUCCAGGCAGUCAGUCAGUUGAAUAUUCAGCAGCAAAGUGGGUUGCACAUGGUAGUACAACGAGGGGCAAGUGUCUUGCAGCCCUUGGUGGUAGUGCAACAGGGAGUAGGUGCUCAGCAGAAUAUACCCACAGGUGUGGCAAUAAGUUUGCAGGAUGGUGUUUAUACAUUUCAUGACAUGGAGGUGAUGCAGAUAAAUGUUUUGCAAGAAAAAGUACAGGCAAAAGAUGAAGAAAACAAAUCAAUGGAUAAAUCCCCAGGAAUGCUACUGAUUAAGAUUGAUAGAACUAAAGAUCUACAUGCAGUUGAAGGUAAGGUCCAGCAACUGCUUCCAAAUGAAGAGGGAAAAGAAGAGGACACUUUCACUGCUGAGAAUGCAGAGAUCUUGAGCUGUACAGCCAAAGAUGAUAUAUCAGUGUCUCUCAAUGAACCCAAAGAGCAAGGAGAACAAUCAGUUGUAAAAAAAACUGACACUCUAGAAGCUCACACAAACACACAGCAUAGGAAAAAAGGGGAAAAGGUGACCAUCCAUUGUGAUCUGUGUGCAUUCACCUCUCUUAGAAUGUCAAGUCUUAAUCGUCACAUGAAAACCCAUUCUGAUGAAAAACCCCAUUUGUGUCACCUCUGUCUUAAGGCUUUCCGUACAGUUACACUCCUGCGUAAUCACGUGAAUACACAUACAGGGACAAGACCAUAUAAGUGCAGUGACUGUGAGAUGGCAUUUGUGACCAGUGGUGAGCUUGCACGACACAGGAGAUAUAAGCACACUCUAGAAAAACCCUUUAAGUGCUCAGUGUGUAAAUAUUCUAGUGUAGAAGCAAGCAAAUUGAAGCGUCACAUUCGUUCGCAUACAGGAGAGCGUCCUUAUAACUGUUGUCUCUGUAGUUAUGCUAGCAAAGAUACUUAUAAACUGAAAAGACACAUGGUUACCCAUUCAGGAGAAAAACCCUAUGAAUGUUAUGUUUGUCAGGCCAGAUUUACACAAAGUGGUACAAUGAAAAUCCAUAUAUUACAAAAGCAUAGUGAAAAUGUGCCCAGAUACCAGUGUCCACAUUGUAAUGCAUUUAUUGCAAGAAAAAGUGAUUUGGGCGUCCACUUACGAAACCUGCAUUCCUACCUGGCUGUGGCAAUGAAGUGCAGUUAUUGUGAAGCUGUUUUCCAUGAGCGCUAUGCUCUUAUUCAGCACAAGAAAACCCAUAGAAAUGAAAAGCGAUUCAAAUGUGAUCGAUGCAGUUAUGCAUGCAAGCAGGAACGACACUUGAUUGUGCAUAAGCGUACACAUACUGGUGAGAAACCCUUCACUUGUGUAUCUUGCAGCAAAUGCUUCCGGCAGAAGCAGCUUCUAACUGUUCAUUUUAGGAAACACCAUGAUUCCAAUUUUAAACCAACAGUUUAUGAAUGCCCUAAGUGUGGCAAGGGCUAUUCACGCUGGAAUAAUAUGCAUAAGCAUGCUGAAAACUGUGGAUUGGCGAGGGCAAAAGUUGUUACACGCCACAAAGGAAGUAAGGGCAAAAAGAAAAGAUGGAACAGCUUAAAACAGGAUGUUAAGCAAGAAGCUGUUGACCUGGGAUCAUUCCAAGAUGUUUCCGUUGUGAACACUGAAUGCUGUGCCAGUGAGAUUGUUCCUGUCGAAUAUGGAAUAGAAACAAGUACUCCGAGGGAGCAGAAAACAGAAAUGACUUGUGAAAUGAUCCUCAACAUGAUGGACAAAUAAUACAUACACAAGUUCUGAUUUCCAUUGUUAAUGUGUACAGAAUGUCAGUGUGUAUACUAGUGCAAAGUCUGGAAGCACGUUAUGGGAAGUAGGUAUCGGUUUCUGUAAAAGUUGCUAAAAAGUUGUUAACUGAAGUUACACGGAAGCCACAUGUUCUGACAUGUUCACAUUGGUAUUAAAGGAAAAACACAUUUUAAAACUAGGUCAUGGAAAAUGUAGGUUGAAUUUAUUCAAUUUACUUUGCAUUUUUCUUCCAGAUUUAGUUACAGAAUUAUAUACAGUUUUCAAGCAAAUGUAUUCUUCAGCAGCCAUGUGCUUCUGUCACAUCCAGAUCCAUGUGAUCUUCUGCUUAUUUGCAUUUACCUCAUGGUGAGCAUGUUGUGAAAGGCAACAUUAUUUUCCUGCAAGGAAUGCAGCUAGGUCUUUUCUAGGAACACUAAUGAUCUUAACAAAUCUGUACUGCUUUAGCUUAGUUUAUAGAAAUCUGAGAACCAUGAUAUGCAUUUGGAUACCCUGUCAGUACAUUGAUUAUUAACUUUACAAGAUAUAUACAUUUAAUCCCCUAAUUUUAAGGAGGAUGCUUCUUUUAAAAUAUAACAACCAAGCCUCAAAACUGGUCAGAUUCUUCUCCCAUUGAACACCAGUUUUACACAAGAGUAACUCCAUUGAUUUCAGUUAGAGCACUAAUGAUUCUUACCAGGAUGGGAGGAGUAUCUGACCUCUAGUUUUUAGGUUGAUGGACCUUUAAAACCACUUUGUGCUAUAGUAUAGUGUGUCAGGUGGCCUAUGAUUGAAUGUAGCAAUUUUCAUUUUCUUAAAAUUUGCUUUUUGAAUAGCUGUCUUUCAUGUAACUACUUGCAUAUGACUUUAAGAAAGGGUUUAUAUUUAGGACAUGAUCCAAAGCAUAUGAAGGUCAUUUGAAAGAUAGACUUAAAGCUUUUUGGUUCAGACCUCUAAUGUAUACUUCUGUUUAAAAAAAUAUGAAAAGUAUUUUAUCAGUGUUCAUGGGACAUAUGUAAAAAGAAAUGAAAUUCGAGUAAUUCUAGCCUUUUACCAAUUUGUAGGAAUCACCACUUUUAUACCAGUUUUAUUUCUUAAUCUUCAUGACAGUUGGAAAUAGUACCAUUCGUGGUGGUGGUUGUUUACAGUGAGCACAAUCAAUUUUUGCAAUUUUCAUUUUUACUUUCAUUCACAAAUAAUAUUUGAAAGUAUGCUCAAAAUAUCAAAUAUAUACUUAUAUUUUCAGUGAAAACAUGCUUUUUUAUGCUUUUUAAAACUGACAAGUCAUAAUGAACAAUUUUUAUUUUAAUAAAAACUCAACAUAGAUUUAAUUUUUGGACGUGGAGUAUGUUAUAUAUUUGCAUUGUUUUUAUGAACAUUACAAAUCCUGCUGUCUUUGUUCAAUCAAAAGAUCAGCAAGGAUUUUGCCUGAGGAGAAAUGCAGAAUUUGGUUCACUUUAGGUUUUUAAUUACCCUUUUAAUAGUGCUUUUGUAGCUAUAACAGUAAGAUUCUUUUGUGUUCUAUACAUUCCAAGUUAAUGGAGUUUAAGUAUUCACAUCUGAAAGAACUUUUACAUGUUCUGUUAUUUUUAAGAGGUUUAUAAAUGCAUGUUUAUUUUCAAUUAAUAUACUAUUAAGAACUUUAUCUCAACCUUUACAAGGUAGGUUUAAAACAACUAGAUAGUUUGUAGUAGUUGCACAACUGCAAAAUAAGGCCAAUCCCGUGAUGUGCUGAAAUCCAACUAUCAUUGAAGGUGGUGAAGCAAUCUUGUCUCUUGCGGGCUAACAUAGAGGAGUUCCAGGUGGUUUGCAAUUUUCCAAAGGCAAUUGUCCUUUCAGACCAAAUUAUCCAGGUUAACGAGAUACAGCGUGAUACAUGCUACGACAGGACAGGAGUCAGGCCUUAGACAACUACUGAUAAAACUACUUAUGAUGAUAGUUUUGAUAAUGCAGUGUGAUACCCAUCCAGUUUUGUAGUGUAAGUAAUUUACAAUCAUUGGGAAGGUGGUGUAUUUGAAUCAACUGACCUUGCUAGUUUGUUUAACCCUCAUUCCAUAAUGACAGUGUUAUGUGGCUGUUCAAAUUCUUAGUCUUUAUUCAUAUUUUGUGGCAGUUUGCUUAAUGGUGUUUACUUAGAUUUUAAGAAUGGUUUUCUUUCUGUUAUGAAAGUUUGAAUGUUAGUGUUGGCCUAGCAAACAAUAUCAUUAAUAUUCUUAAUCUGAAAAUCAGAAUAUUGGUUUCUUUGUUUCAGAUUUAAAACAUUUUUUGUGUAAACAUUUCACCAUUUUCUGUGUAUAGACUGUUUAUUUUGAAUCAGAGUAAUUUGGCUUUCUUUUUAUUCUAAGCCAGAAAAUCAGACUGUUUGAAAUAAAAGAUUUUUUUCUCAUUUGUGAACUCAGAGUAGUUGUUUAAACCAUUUAGAAAUUGAAAGUGAUAUAUGCUUUUGAAGAUUGAAAGAUAAUGAGGAGUCAGCUCCCAAUUGAAGUCUUUUACCAUACAACCAAAUUCUCCACUUUUCAAUGAAAUCAGUACAUUAGGUACAUUUGUGUCUGUGUCUUGAAUCAGGUUAUGACUAACAUUUUACAAAAUGCUAGUUUUGAGGAUAUCUGAUCAAAAAGCUAUACCUUAAAAUAUGGAAUUUAAGACUAUAUGGAUAUAAUUAAAUAUUGAGAAAUAAGAUUCCAGUUGUAAUCCUAAGAAGUUAAAUAGAUCAAUGACAUUUAAGACGUUAAAGAAAAAAAUAUUUUUAAAGUUGACUGUAAUGUUUUAAGGGUUUAAAUGUUGCCUUGUAUUUCUUUAUUUUGGGGUAGUCUCAAAGAGCUAUUGAGAAAAUUUGUGCUGUCACCAGAUUUUUACAUAAAGGGCCUAAUUGUCAGUUACCUCUAAGUUUACAUUUGCAGUUGUGUAAUUGCAAUCCCUUUGGUGGAAAUGGUAGAAUUUAAAUGGUAGUUAUUUGAUAUUUCAGUUCCAGAUGUGUGCAUCUGCAAAUCAAGUAUUUAACGAAAUACAUUUUAUUAUUCCCCCAGAAUUAACGACUAUUUUCAGGCUACUUUAAAAUGCACUCUAAAAAGCACCCAGACUUUUUCUGCAUCUGUCUCAACAAAAAAAUUGGAAAGACGUUGGGAGAUACUUUUACAAAGGGA